UGAAGCCUUUCAUCCUGUUGUCCUUACCUUACCAACGCCUGUGCUUGAUGGAACCUUGUUGUUCUCACUCUUACAAAUGUAAAUAUCACAGGCGCAAAGUAUGCGAUUAAUGAACCUAGUCAAGCGGCGAAUGAAGAUGAAAGCGAGAUAACAGCUCACCGUUCAGGCAACUUUGCAGCAUCCUUUCGGCUUGCAGUUUAAAAUGGAGCUCUGCCCGCCACCCAAAGGCGAUGCCGCUUCGGGUGGCUUCCUGCAACACGCUCAGACGUUACUGCAGGAAAUGGCCUUAGUGAGCGAAAGGCUGGAAGGGCUGCUCGGCGAACAAGGAAACCCAACAGCAGCUAGCAGGAGGACCACAAACACCGCUCACAUUCAGUCAAACCAUGCGUUGACCGAAUCCAACGCCAGCCCCAUACCGCUCGCACCUGCCACAAGCGCAGCCCCAGCGCCGGCAGCUACAAAAUCCCAGCCGCCGCCGCCGCCACCUCCCCUCCCGCCUCCCUUGGUUCCGGCAUUAGCUGCUUCUCGGGGCGCCAAGUCCUCCUCCCCAGCUGUGACUCCCCGGAAAGCCAACAAUGGCGCUGCCUCAGCCUCGCCGACCAUUACCCCUCGCAAAGCCGGCAGCAAGGCGUCAGGACUUGAGCAGGCCUUCGCACUAGUUGCAUCCAUUCCAUCCGCAGCUGCGGGUGUGGCACCUACGCCGCAACCACCGCCAUCUCCAGGACCGGCUGCGACCAUGGCCACUGGGGACGGUGAUGGCGGCGUCGGCAGGAUGGAAUCCUUAGGGGCUAACGGCAGCGGUGCUGGUGCUGACGAUGAUGAUGUAAGCACUGCGGAUAACAGCGGCGGCAGCAGCGUUCGAUUGAGUCGCAUGGGCUCGGGUCCUUCCUUGCCACCGCGACCACCUAUGUCGUCGGCUCCCUCGGCCGGCCUCCAACACCUGAUGGAUAGGUUAGGAACAGGUGCAAUGCUAGUAAGGGAGCGGGAGACAGAAGGUAGGAACGCGGCGGACGCUGUGGCGGCGGCGGCAACCGCGG